AUGCACUGGGAAUUCUUUCGCAAUGAGCCGGAACCCACGGACCUUACAGACAUAUGGGAGUUGGUAGAAGGAGGCUGUGCCUUGUCUGAGGGGCCCCACGUCCUUGAGCAGAAGGCCGCAGACAAGAGAAUAGGGUGCCUGUCAGAGGAAACGCCAGAGGAAAGCUUCCCCGAGACCAACAUCCCCUUCCUGCAGAACGUGCUCGGCAAUGACCAGUUCCUCCGGGGAACCGUGGACACCCAGUUCAUCGAUGAGAACCCCGACCUUUUCAACCUGCGGCCGGGCCAGAACCGAGCCCAGAAGCUCCUCCACUACCUGGGCCACGUCAUGGUGAACGGCCCCACCACGCCUAUCCCAGUGAAUGCCCGGCCCUCACCCAUCGAUCCAGUGGUCCCUUCAGUUCCUUUGGGCGGGCCACCAUCUGGUUUCCGGGACAUCCUUCUUCGCGAGGGCCCCUCCGGCUUUGCCAAAGCCAUUCGCCAACACAAGGGGCUGCUCCUGAUGGACACCACUUUCCGAGAUGCUCAUCAGUCCCUGCUGGCCACCCGUGUCCGCACCCACGACCUGAAAAAGAUCUCCCCCUUUGUGGCCCACAACUUCAGCAAACUCUUCAGCAUGGAAAACUGGGGAGGUGCCACUUUUGAUGUGGCGAUGCGCUUCCUGUACGAAUGCCCCUGGCGCCGGCUGCAGGAGUUGCGUGAGCUGAUCCCCAACAUCCCAUUCCAGAUGCUGCUGAGAGGAGCCAAUGCUGUAGGCUACACCAACUACCCGGACAACUCCGUCUUCAAGUUCUGCCAAGUGGCCAAGGAGAAUGGCAUGGACAUCUUCCGGGUCUUUGACUCACUGAACUACCUGCCCAACAUGCUGCUGGGCAUGGAGGCAGCCGGACAAGCUGGAGGCGUGGUGGAGGCCGCCAUCUCUUACACCGGGGACGUGGCUGAUCCCAGCCGCACCAAGUAUACGCUAGAUUAUUACGUCAAUCUGGCUGAGGAGCUGGUCAAAGCUGGAACUCAUAUCUUGGCCAUCAAGGACAUGGCUGGCGUCCUGAAGCCACAGGCUUCCUCCAUGUUGGUCGGGGCACUGCGCGAGCACUUCCCCAGUGUCCCUCUGCACAUCCACACCCAUGAUACGUCGGGUGCCGGUGUGGCUUCCAUGUUGGCUUGCGCAGCUGCAGGCGCCGAUAUUGUGGAUGUGGCCAUCGAUUCAAUGUCCGGAAUGACCUCUCAGCCGAGCAUGGGAGCAAUGGUGGCUUGCACCCGGGGAACCGAGUAUGACACAGGGCUCGAUAUGGAGAAAGUUUUCGACUACAUUGAAUACUGGGAGGUCACUCGGGGCCUCUACGCCCCCUUUGACUGCACGGCAACCAUGAAAUCCGGGAACGCUGAUGUCUACGAGAACGAGAUUCCUGGGGGACAGUAUACCAACUUGCACUUCCAGGCCCACAGCAUGGGGCUGGGCAACAAGUUCAAGGAGGUGAAGAAGGCCUAUGUGGAAGCGAACAAAAUACUCGGGGACCUCAUCAAGGUGACCCCCUCUUCGAAGAUCGUGGGUGACCUGGCACAGUUCAUGGUUCAGAACAACCUGACGCGGCAGGACGUGGAAGCCCAGGCGGACGAGCUCUCCUUCCCGGCCUCUGUGGUGGGGUUUCUGCAAGGCUACAUCGGCAUCCCGCACGGGGGCUUCCCAGAACCCUUCCGAUCCAAGGUGCUGAAAGGCCUGCCCCGCAUUGAGGGCCGCCCAGGGGCUUCUCUGCCCCCUAUGGAUUUCCAGAAGCUGGAGCAGGAGCUGUGUGAAAAGCAUGAAGAGGAGAUUACCCCGGAGGACGUUCUCUCCGCCGCGAUGUACCCCAAGGUCUUUGACGAGUUCAAGGAAUUCACAGCCAACUUUGGCCCAGUCGAGUGUCUCAACACCCGCCUCUUCCUGGAGGGACCCAAGAUAGCGGAGGAGUUCGAGGUAGAGCUGGAACGUGGCAAGACCCUCCACAUCAAAGCCUUAGCUCUGGGUGACAUAAACCGAGCUGGACAGCGGGAAGUCUUCUUUGAGCUCAACGGGCAGCUGCGCUCCAUUCUGGUCAAGGACACUAAAGCCAUGAAGGAAAUGCAUUUCCACCCCAAAGCCCUGAAGGAUGUUAAAGGCCAGAUCGGGGCCCCCAUGCCCGGGAAAGUGAUCGACAUCAAAGUGCAGGAGGGGGCCGCCAUCGAGAAGGGGCAGCCGCUCUGCGUCCUGAGUGCCAUGAAGAUGGAGAUGGUGGUCAACUCCCCCUUGUCGGGCACCAUAAAAAAAAUCUACGUUAAACCGGAUAUGAGCUUGGAAGGGGACGAUCUUAUCCUAGAGAUCGAAUAGCCCCCCCCAUAGCAACCCUCCCCCUCAAAAAAACCCUGCCGCUUCUCUUCCUUGCUCUACACCCUGCCUUUCCUCCACGAGAGCCGGCCGCCGCCUCUUUCCGCUCUGGGUCUUAAGCGAUUUGGCUCCCUAGGAGGCAUCGGGGCCCACGUCCCCCUCCUCUUUCUCUUCCUUGCACUCUGAAGGUUAUAUGGGUCCAGCAUCAGGAGAAGGGGCACGGUGGACGGGGUGGGGGUGGGGAGUCACCAGCCCCUCUUUUCCAGCAGCUGCUCCUCUACCUCCGUGAAGAAGGCCGUAGCCAAUCUUAAGAGUCCUCCUCCACCCAAAGGAAGAACGGCAAAAAGAUCAGAGUAGAUGGACCCCCCCACGGGGAGAAAAAUGCCCCCCCCAUCUUUGCGCAGUAGGCCCUUUGCGGUUCUGCUGCCCCUCUUCUUCCCAGACGCCAUGGACCAAUCGGAUUUGGUGGGACGGGGAGGCUUCCUUUUCCUCUCACCACCUCCCCCUAUCACUGAGCUCUUCUUUCUGUGGCUUCUUCCUUCUCUCAAGGAAGAGGCCCUUCCUUACCUAUGGAGACCCUCCACACUGCCUGGGGGGUGGGGGUGGUAUCAGGGUGAGGUCCAGCUUCCUCUUUCCUGUAACCUGCUUCUUACAACUUUGUCCUCAGCCGUUGCCAAAUCUAAGGCCAGAUCACAGGGGGAAAGUAGGGGGAGACGUCGGCCGACUCUGAAAUUAAAGAUACCCCCCCCCUCAGAUGUUUGGCCACAGAGUCCUCUCCUGGGGAAGAGGAGGAGCCCGUGCGCCAUCUCUCUCUUUUUGUGAUGUGCAAAGAAACAACAGCUGUGGGAGAAGGCAAAAGGGACUGAGGCGGAGGAUGGCCCGGGCCGAAUGUUUACAAGGUUGUUUCACCAGGGUCAGGAGGGGGAGGGGGCCGCAGUCCCUCCCCCGCUCCUUUUUACCCGAGGGUGAGGGAACAAAUCAGAAUCCCGGAGCACAGUAGUUUCCCCGGCCACGUUUACCGAAAAACCGGAACCGGCAGAGAGGAAUCGGUGUCUGGGGAAUCGUGAGAAUCGCCACCCAGACUGACGGAUGUGAUGUGGGACUGACGGAAAUUUCGCCGAAAGCUGGGGAAAGAGAAAUGAAAUAUAGAUAUAUAUAUAUAUGUA